UUAGGCCGUGCAUGCGAACCGUAGAAUGGGAUAUCUCCAGACUGUGCGAAAGUACAGUAUCUAUCGUCAGAAAUCCAAUCAUCAGUCAUACUCUAACUCAGCAUCCAAAAGCUGCGGAUGUAGCUAUGGGUAUUGAUGUAUUUCUGUAGGAGCCUGCAUGUCCGUCGGCAGCCCGGCAACCGCUCAUCGAUUUCGGGGAUAAUUUGGUUUGCAUUUUUGUGUUGUGUUGUGUUUCCUUUCGGGUCGGUCAUGUCGCGGAUUUGUUGAAAGGUUCUAUCAAGAUUUGUCGCAAUGUAGAGUCGGGUGCUAGGCAAUAUCCUCAACUUGAGGAAGAGGUUUACAAGGGAGUUGUUUUGUCGCUAGGUUCUUGGGUUGGGCAUAUGCUUGCGCAUGCAUUUACCCUCUCAUGGAUGCAAGUGUUGAGGAUUUGGAGUAUUCAGGCGAGUUAGAGAACACUGACAGUCUUGGCAGAAUAUUUCAACUUGGGCGGAUCCAUUGACCAAGCUGUUACCAUAUUCGCGCAUUCCUAACCAACACGGCAGCGUAAAUGGACCUGUAAUUCUGUCAUUGCUUGGUACAAUUCUGUGUCUCCUCGUCUGGCUUACUGAGUUUUGCAAUAUCUCGCCCUCUGACGAAGGCAAUUUGAAACGAAACCGCUCCCACUCUUGCUGAUUCCGGCUCAUGCUUCCUUUAAUCAAUGACAUGAUUCAACACACAAAAUAUACAAAGAGAGAAAAGAUGAGAGCAUCCGUAUGGAGAGCGAUCAACGGAGCUAGUGAAGCCACAUCAAGGAACUGCAUCAAGAGCUUUAAAACAGUCCGACGCGCAAAUACGACCCAGAAUUGGAAUGUGGUUCGAGUGUCGUAGCGUCAUCAUCGAACUAUGCAUGCCUGCCACCCCCAACCUGCACCGAUCUCUCAUUGGCUUUGGAUACAGUGACAUCUUCGUGGCUCUGAUAUGCUCCUACCAUCACUUUAGCGUUCUGGUAGGAGCUGAGCGCGCAAGGUUUGGUUUUAGAGUUUGGCCGGUGGGCCACAACACGAAAGCAAGCGACAUCCAAAAAAAUAAACGAAAAUAGACGCAACGAGAACGUAUACCCUAACGGACGCUCGACCUUUUAACCUCACAUCUAUUGCUACGGGGUUGCAUAGUGAAUUAGUCUGCUCAUGACAGCUUACCGAACGCGAUCGGUUUCUCCCUCUGCGGCAUCAACUGCACCACUCCUUCAACGGUCGAGCAUUGAUACAGCGGCAGAAUCAUUGACGGACUUGGAAGGCGAUGAGGCUGAUAUGCAGGCUGCAGCAGCGGCAGCUGGAAUACGGCUGAGUGGGCGACCCGACGCUGCGAGAUUGUUGAAUAAUGUGGAGGAAGGUGUGGGAUCCGAUCCAGCGUCAUUUUCUUCAUUUAAGCGCAAAACAAGUUCUCGACGCACGUCUGGGAUGGGGACACCAACUGGGAGUAGCAGCAGCAGCGCACAGCGGUUCUUGGGUGGACUAGCCGCAUCAUGGAGGUCAUCCAGUUCCAGAUCUUCUCAUACAAGAGAUGGGUCAAGUUUUAUGCCCACUUCUCCGGGUGUUUAUCAUGGGCCUUCGAAUGCGAAUAAAAUUGAUGAAUAUGAUCCAAGUUCUCUUGAAUGGGCGAUGGAAGGGACAGGGCGUAGAGUUGUGUAUGAUGAUUUUACGACUAUCGACUGGAUUCACGAUUUCUCCAAAGAGCGCGUCCGAAUACGUAAUCUUCAGAACCUCAGAGGCGUACGGGGAACUCUGCGAAAAGCUUACGAUGCAUGCCAAGCAUGGAUUCUAGUAUUCAUAGUUGGUGCGAUUACAGGAUGGCUGGCAGCGUACAUUGAUGUAGCGUCGGAAUGGGCAAGCGAUCUGAAAGAAGGGUAUUGUAAAGAGGGGUUCUACCUGAACAGAAAAUUCUGUUGUUGGCAUGUGGAAGCCAAUGAGGAAUGUACAGAGUGGGCAACGUGGAGUAUGACUUUUAAUGCGCAAUCCGGCGCAGCAAUGUGGGGCGCGGAAUAUUUCAUGUUCACUGUAUUCGGAACGGCAUUUGCUCUCGCAAGUGCUGUACUAGUCAAAGUUUACGCUCCGUAUGCGGCUGGGUCGGGUAUCCCAGAAGUCAAGACCAUCCUAGGCGGCUUUGUCAUUCGAAAGUUUCUUGGAGGCUGGACGUUACUGAUUAAAUGCAUUGGUCUUUGUCUAUCGGUAGCAUCAGGGUUAUCGUUGGGCAAAGAAGGUCCACUCGUCCACGUGGCAUGCUGUGUAGGAAAUAUUUUCCCGAGGAUUUUUGACAAGUAUGCAAAGAAUGAAGCCAAGAAGAGGGAGAUAUUGAGUGCUUCCAGUGCAGCUGGCGUGUCAGUUGCUUUCGGCGCCCCGAUUGGUGGUGUGCUGUUUUCCUUGGAGGAAGUUUCCUACUACUUCCCAUAUAAAACCAUGUGGAGAUCAUUUUUCUGUGCCAUGGUUGCGGCGAUCUCAUUGCAAUUAGUGAACCCGUUUCGGACGGGCAAGUUGGUGUUGUUUGCGGUGGAAUAUAAAAGAGCGUGGCACGGGUUCGAGCUUCCGUUUUUUGUCUUGCUGGGUAUUCUUGGGGGAUUGUAUGGGUCAUUUUUUAUUCGAAUGAACAUUCGGGUAGCUGCCUACCGUAAAUCAUCGUGGUUACGACAUUGGGUGAUUGCCGAGGUCGGAGUGGUGGCCAUCCUUACCGCGCUCUUGAGUUUUGCGCAUCCUUUUUUGAGGGUUAGCACUGUGGAGCUCGUUGCAAACUUGUUUAAAGAGUGUAUUGACAAUGAAACAGAUUUUUACGGGCUGUGCAGUGACCACGAGAAUGCUUUGGCAUCCGUGGUGAAAUACCUGUUCCUAGCGGCGGGAAUCAAAAUCUUUUUCACAAUCUUUACGUUUGGGAUACGUGUUCCAGCCGGGAUUUUCAUUCCGUCCAUGGCUGUGGGAGCCUGUGUGGGGCGGGCCCUGGGUAUCGGGAUGCAGCUUUGGCAGAUGGCGUAUCCCAACAUGUGGAUGUUCAGUUCGUGUAAACCGCAUGAGCAGUGCGUGACACCUGGGACCUACGCAAUGGUGGGAGCAGCCGCGGCGUUGGGAGGCGUGACGCGCAUGACAGUGUCCUUGACUGUCAUCAUGUUUGAGCUGACUGGGGCCUUGACAUACAUCCUCCCAAUCAUGUUAACCGUCAUGGUCUCCAAAUGGGUCGGAGACGCCCUAGGCAAAGCAUCCAUCUACGACGCACUCAUCGAAUUAAACGGCUACCCCUUCCUAGACGCCAAAGAAGAGUACACAUACAGCACCACAGUGGGAUCCGUCAUGACCCGCGUCGAGGAUCUUGAAGUCAUUUGUGGGAGUGGGUGUACGUUGGAGGCUUUGAGUGAGUUGGUACAGACGACGGGGUUUAAGGGGUACCCGGUUGUAGCGGGGUUGGAUGGGAUGGUUUUGGUUGGGUAUGCUGGGAGUGCCGAGUUGAGGUAUGCCAUUGAUCAAGCCCAUCAAAACAGGUGUCCACCGACAACACUCUGCAUCUUUACAGACCUCCAACAAGACACCGAAGACCCCUUUCUAGAUUUCCGCCCCUGGACAGACCAAACCCCCAUGACCAUCUCCCCCAAAUUCCCCAUGGAACUCGUCAUGGAAUUAUUCAAGAAAAUGGGGUUACGCUAUGUGCUUGUUGUGCAGGAUGGCCGACUCGUUGGGAUUGUGACUAAAAAGGAUUUGUUGAGGCAUGUGAGUUGGAAACGGGGUGAUGAGAAUGAGGAUGUUGGGGGUGUGGGGUGGAAUCGGGUCGUUGGGUAAAAGCCAUUACUUUUUUUUGUAUCUAGUCUUUCUUUUUUUUUUUUUUUAAUGGAUUUGAUAGUAACGAAAUAAAAGAAACACAGAAUAUCAAUAUGAAAAUCACUUGGAUAUCAUUUUGC